AUGGCUGGCUUGAGGUACGCCACGUAUCCGACAACACAAGAGCGUUUCAGCAGGUUGGCAGAUCUCCGCAGUGACGUGCGGAAGUUGGCGGCUACAAUGCAGAGGCUUGGAAAAGGUGUACGAGUCAUCCCAUACAAAUACAAUGAGUGGUUAGCAGAACUUGGAAACGGUGAUCACGAUGACUUUCUGAUGCUUGAUCAAGAAGGCGAGUCCGAGAGCUUCGGAGGAACGCCUACACUGGACAUCGCACGUCGGAUUAUGAGUCAUGCAAGUCGGAAUGAUAAGCUGGGGUGUGCAGAGGCUGCAUGGAAUGCUAGUGUACACAGCACGAUGCUUGACGAAGCUUGGCAUUACUCAGCGCACCGGGAUGCAACCAGAUGGGACAGUAUAACUACUGCAGCAAUUGAACCUCAAGAGCUUGUCCCCGAAAUGACGCAGCGUGAGCGAGUGCGAUCGAAGAAGGCUGAUUUUGCGAUCUCGCUUGAACUUGGGGAAGAGACCGAACGUCAACUUGCGCAAUCAAGCAUACAACUCAAUCAGACCACCUACGAAGGCAUUCGGUUCAACCCUAUCGCGGUGAGUAUCGAGACGAAACUGCCGGGUGAAGGCGGUUCCGAUGCGAAGCUGCAGCUUGCAACGUGGAGUUGUUCACAAAUUGCAAAGCUCCGGGAACUGCUAGCACUUGCCGGCAAUAGGGAUUGUCCUAUUCCACCUCUACCCUUGAUAAUCAUUCAAGGCCACGACUGGCAUUUCCUAUGCCUAGAAGAUCGUCGAGAUUGUGCGGUACGUAAACAUCUACGCAUGCGCUCACUCUUUGUAUCCAAGUACUAA